AUGGGACACAAGAAAUUUGAGGACUAUUACAUAACCAAGGAUAACAUCAAGGAAUUGUUAAAUUCACCAUAUAUAGUUUAUGAAAAUCUGGAUUAUUCGGAUAGUUCUAUCUUAGAUGCGCAACCUUCUCGGACAGAUAAACUUCUAUAUCGAAUUGAGUAUUUAAGGGAUGGAACAGCGAUAUACUACAAACGGACACUUGGCGAUUUUAAGAAGUUUUUCUGUUGCUUUUAA